AAGACACAUUCAUUACCUCUGAAAAAUGCUACCUUUAGUAAUUGCUAAGAGAACAAAAAAAACAAAAAAGUCAUACUGACACACAGAAAAGGAAGAAGAUUCCAUUCACUCGAUUGUUCUUUCUUCCUUCAAUCGCGAGAGAGAAUGUCGCCUUGAACACGGCUUGGUUUUACUACUAUUGAUCGCUUUUCAUUAGUAUAUUAAUUUGAUUAAAUUAAAUUAAAUAUACUCAAGGGUGCCUUAAAUUGAGUUUUGCUUUUCUAUUUCUUUCGAUCAAUCAUUUUUAUUUACGGUUUUCUUUCUCUUUCUGCAACUAGGAAUAGUGGGGGAUUGCUCAGCAACAUCAUCAUCUUUCUUUUUUUCGGUGGAAAGACAGAAAUUGCCACCGAAAAGCUUCCUAAUUUUACUUUUUGUUUACAACCCUUUUCUUCUUUUCCAUCGAUUGGUAAGAUUUCUCAUUUCUCUUUCUAUAUUCCCUUCCAAUUACGGACCUCAAAGUUUUCUGUGUUUCUCUUAUCACAUCACAAAGAUUGCUCAUUUCUCCUACCAAUUUCUGUUUUUUAGCAUUGAAAGUGUUGAUUUUUGGACCAAAUUUGCUCCGACUCAGUCAAAUUUGGCUUGAAAUCCUUCAAAUUUAUUGAGAAUUUUGUUCCUUCUGAUGUUUUAUAGAGUUUCGACAUCAAAACUGCAUGCAAAUUUAUCAGAAAACCCCCCCUUUUAUCGUUCAAAUUCAUCUGUUUUCUUUUCUGUAUCUUGUUUUUAUUGCUUAAGAUUUCGUCUCAAAAUUUGAUAUAUUUUAAGCUCUUUGUAUUGUACUAGCUCGGUGAAGAGAAAAGAGAGAGGCUUAAGCCUUUUAAAGACGUCGAGAAAUACAAAUGGCAGCAGAUCGGGCUAGGUUGGUCUCAAUAGAGGAAUUGCCAUCACAUUUGGUUCUAGACAUUUUGACUUCAGGCAGAUUAAAUGCAUCUGAUCUCGCUUGUCUGGAACAAACUAGUCGAAUGUUCAGGGGAAACCAUGGGUUUUCCCCUCAGAACUUUGGGUCAUUAGUAGAUUUUGCUGCUUUUCAGCUUUGCAGCUCACAUACCAUAUUUUGUUCUCUACAUUUGAAUGCGCAAAAAGAGCUCUUCGAUCGAUGUCGCGGGAAUUGGAAGCGAGUUCUGAGGUUCUUGCAGGCUGUCGAACAAUCUUCUGACAUUGUCGAGACCUCAGCAGGCAAUAUGCAGAUUACUACUGGAAGAUACCACACAUUGUUGAUAAGUGAUUCUUCAGUGUACUCCUGUGGGUCUAGUUUGUGUGGUGUUCUUGGUCAAGGUCCAGACAUCACGCAAUGUGUUGCAUUUAGUCGGAUCAAUUUCCCUACUACAUCGCGUGUACUGCAUGUCUCAGCUUCCCACAACCAUGCAGCAUUUGUUAUGCACUCUGGAGAGGUUUUCACAUGCGGAGACAAUUCGUCAUACUGUUGUGGUCAUGGAGAAGUAGGGAGAGCAAUUUUCAGGCCUAGGCUGGUUGAAGCAUUGAAGGGAGUUUCUUGCAAACAGGUUGCCACAGGACUGAGUUUUACUGCCUUCCUCACAAAUCAAGGUCAUGUAUAUACAUGCGGGAUUAACACUCAUGGACAGCUUGGGCAUGGUGAUUCUGUAGACAAGCCCACUCCUAAAAUUGUUGGACUACUUGAAAGUGUUGGCAGCGUAGUUCAGAUUGCUUCAGGACCUAGUUAUACCUUAGCAGUAAUGAAUGAUGGAACAGUAUACUCCUUCGGUUCUGGGUCCAAUUUCUGUCUUGGCCUUGGUGAGCAACAUAACGAGUCGCUACCACGAGUCAUCCAAUCAUUCAAGAGGAAGAAUAUCCAUGUGGUUCGUGUCUCUGCUGGAGAUGAGCACGCAAUAGCACUUGAUUCCAAUGGCUUUGUAUAUACAUGGGGCAAAGGCUAUUGUGGUGCGCUAGGCCAGGGAGACGAGAUUGACAAGACUACUCCAACACAGUUAAAUGGCAUGAAGGGCCAUUUAGCGGUACAGGUAUGUGCAAGGAAAAGGAAGACCUUUGUUCUUGUGGAUGAUGGCUCUGUUUUUGGGUUCGGAUGGAUGGGCUUUGGGAGUUUAGGGUUUACUGACAAGGGUGCGUCAGACAAAGUCAUGAAGCCCGAAAUGCUAAACAGCCUAAGAGGUGAACGCAUUUCUCAAAUAAGCACGGGGCUUUAUCACUCAGUUGCAGUCACCAAAACAGGUCUUGUUUAUGGAUUUGGAGACAAUGAAAGAGCACAACUUGGUCACGACUCAUUAAGAGGAUGCCUUAAACCAACUAGAAUCAUCGUUGAUAAAACCCGAGAUGAAGAUGCAGCAGGCACCAUACAUUAGAGUAACUGACAUGACUCCCCCACUUCGGCGACCGAGAAAUGUGAGCUCGUAACAUAGACUAGUAUCGAAUUAUUUAUAUCGAGUUUAUAGUUUGUAGUAUUCAUGUAUCGUUUUAAGAUGUAAUUCAAUUUGGUGAAGAAUGCGAAUUUGUUUUAUUUUUAAAAAUUAUUAUUUGUAUUUGUAAGGGAUGCAAGACACAUACCCAUGCUACGCUAUGGGAUGAUAAUUUAUAAAUAUUUUAUUUAUCU